UGGGAGAAAAACGGCUGUAAUGAAGUCUUCUUCCACCUUUUUAAGAUAUGGGUACUUGAGGGUUUCUUACAAAGAGCUCCUCAAAGCAGCUAGUGGAUUUGCUUCUUCCAACUUGAUUGGCAUGGGAAGUUUUGGUACCAUAUACAAAGGAAUUCUAAGUCGAGGCGAAAGACCUGUUGCAGUGAAGGUACUGAACCUUCAACACCGUGGAGCUGCCAAGAGUUUCAUGGCUGAGUGCAAGGUCCUCAGGAAUAUUCAGCAUCGGAAUCUCCUUCGAAUCAUAACUUCAUGUUCAAGUGUGGACAACAAAGGUUGUGAUUUUAAGGCUCUAGUAUUUGAGUUCAUGCCUAAUGGGAACCUAGAUAGCUGGCUGUAUCAUGAAUCCAGAAAUUUAAGCUUCAGACAAAGAUUGGAUAUCACAAUUGAUGUGGCUAAUGCUCUGGAUUAUCUUCAUCACCAAUGCCAGACACCAAUUGUUCAUGGUGAUCUAAGGCCAAGCAAUGUUCUUCUUGAUGAUGACAUGGUUGCCCAUGUUGGGGACUUGGGGUUAGCCAAGCUCCUUCCUGAAGCUAACUAGAUUCUGAGUAGUGAUCAAACCAGUUCGGCACUGAUGAUGGGAUAGAUCGGUUAUGUCGCUCCAGGUACACUUCCUCACGUUUUUUUUUCCUCAAUCCUAAAAAUAAGUUGUGAAAUUGUUGGUUUA